AUGACGCCCUAUAUAGUUUUGGAAAGGGAGUUCAGGUUUGGCAAACACGCAGUACUGUACAGAUACAUUCAAGGUUUCUCGCCACGUGGGUCGGUGGCUCAAAGCAGCUUAAGAGUCAUCACAGCUCUUUUCGCACAGUACUCAACAUUUGGAUCCUCGAAAUUCCGAACAUCUUUCGAGUCUCUCCUUCAAAUCAAGAUCAACCUUCGCCACAACCAUGGACCCAAACUUCAACCUGACCCGACAUCACCUUCCGACUCUACCGGCUUCCACCCAUCCGGCCAAUCUCUAUUCGACCUCGCCCUACAAACUACAGCUAACAGUAUCUUCGGCCUGGUCUCCAUCAGCUUCGCCCCCAGAAUCGCCCGCCACAUCUUCCAGAUGUACUCCAGAUACAAAGAUCCCUCCUGUUCAUCCUCAGAAGCAACCAACUACGAUUUCUUCUCCUUUAUCCAUGGUCAUAUCAUACACGUCAACUGUUGGACCUUCAGCAGACUCUCAGAUGCUGAGAAGAUGGCGAAACUAGGCAUCAGGGAGGAAGUCUCGGAUGCGAUACUGGAUGAGAAGUUAAAGGGUGUGUUUGGGAUGCAAAGCUUGGAAUACUGGAUCGAGGAUACACUCAGAAUCAAUUACGCAACAUUGCUGCGUUUGCAAGAUCGAGUCGACAACGAAGAAAUUGACUUGGGAUAA